AUGUAUUUAAUGAUGGAAGAAGAUAUUGGAGCUACAAAUCAAAUGGAUGAGAGAAAGGCUGAUCAAAAAUCGAACACUGUCGUAGAUCCAGAGUCUACCUUGGUGACUGAUUUUACAGAGCCUUCAGCACAAGCUACAAAGUCCAAUAAAGCUAAAAACCUAACGGUGCACAGAAACGGCCUAAAAGAUACUUUUGAGAUUAUUCCAUAUAUUGCAGAGCCCAGAAGAUUUAAGAAAAGAAGCAGAUCUAGAAGCGAAAAGAGUUCUCGAGAGAGACGCGGCAAAAUCAAGAGGAGGAAAUUGGCACCGCCUCAAAACGAUAGGCUAUUGCAUGGAAUAGUCCUCGGAUCCUUCAUUGGUGCAGCUCUGACUGAAUUUGUUUUAGAAAAGUUAAGGUAA